UAACUUCCUAGGGAGGGAAGGAGGGGACAUCGCUUUAGGGACAUAAGCAUUGUCCAAUUCAACACCUGGAAGAAGCACUGAUUUGGGAAGCUUUCAAUACUAGAGCUCUGGGAGGGAGCCUGUGGUAUGAUCCCAGUAUUGUCUGAUAGGAUAUUCUCCCUUCGGUCACAGUGAGGAAGCAGGACUUGUCAUUCUUGAGACCAUUUUCUCUGUUCCAAUUUGAUUGUACUGAGAUCAUAAAAGAAAGCCCACCUUCCACCUCUGGAAUGGACUGAGUUUAUCUGAGUCUACAUUUCUGAUAACAGCUGGUACCCAGAUACAUUUAGAAGCUCACAGGGGUAGCACAGAGGUAAUGACCUUUAUUUGGUGCCUAGAUCUGGCAUCCAGCAAUCCAAAUUGCCUCUGAACAUGUAACUAUCAUGUUUGCUUUUGUAGCUCAUGUCUGGAUUUGGUGAGAGUCUGUCCUGAUUUUGCCUAUAUCACUAAUGUGGUUUCACCCAAUGUAACAUUUCUAGACUAAAGUUCUGAAGUUAUGUCAACAUUUCUCAUAGUGUUUAGUAAACACCUUCCUUUGCCAUCUCAAACUUUGGAAGCGCUUCUGUUUCACAGAGCAGUUACACUUUGAAAUUUAGGGUUAGUGAUGGCUUCCCAAAAUUGGUGCGUUUGUGUAUUCAUUGCUGUCACAUUGAUAUUGUAUUGAGGGCAGAGCAGACUUCAGUGUGGUAAGCGAACUUCCUAUGUUAUCUUUCAGCCUAGAUCCACUCUCUAAUAGCUGCCAUCAUCUAGUCAAUUCAGAUCUUGAGUGCUUUCAUAGAAUUAUCUUGCAAGAAGCUGUGGUUUUGUUUCAGAAGUACUAGAGCACUUCAUGCAGAAGGUUAUGAAGCCACCAGCAGGAGAGAAUAUUGUUGAGAAAAGUUGUGCUUGUGGCUAAAUCUCAGCACUGAAGUGUGUGUAACUAAUCAGACUCUCUCUGAAUCUAGGCACAGUUGAUGCAAACUGAAAGUCACAGGUCACACUGAAAAAUCAGGUGCUUGGCAGGGGGAGCGACAAACUAAUCAUUUUUUGGCUUCUUGGACAACUAAACCAAACCUUUUCUUCAGUUUAUACCAGAAAGGGACAGGGGGAUCUUUCUCAAGCCAAAUUAAAUGUUGCUAAGGGAGGCAGUUCUCAAAAGGGAACGUAUGAGAAUCGAGCUCUUUGUCUCCAGCAAAUGGGGCCAAAGAGACAGAGGCGCCUUGGCUAUUUUCUGCAUGGCUCGGUUCAUUUUAAUGCAUUACUCUCUGAACCAGGCCUCUUCAGUGAAUACUGGCAUUGAAAUCAGCAGAGAUUGAAUUAAAGUUGCUGAGGUACAAAUUGUCCAAAUCCUUGCUAGCAUACAGGGGACACAUGUGGACAUGAGUCAGUUGGUCUGGAAGGAUCCAGGGAAUGAGUCAUUCACACUAUUGGAGUGAAAAAAUGCGGUAGUCAAGAAACCAAAUGAAUGACUGUCUGUCACCAAGGACAGGAGUCCAUAAGGCAAGACAGGAGCACGGGCAGAUGUCUAAGAAAUGGUCUGUCUGUCUCCUCAGCUUGGCACUGUAGCACAUUGUCAGAAAUCCAGAAAGUGGCCUGGGAAAAGUCGAGGACUAUCCGUGGUGUAGUAGAGCCAACGUUUGCAGGGUUGGCGCACUGGGGCUUGUUGAUUAGCAACUCGACACUUUGGACCGCCCUGUUUCAAUCGCCACAGUAGCCGGGAGGAAGAGGAUUUUCCCAGCAGCAAAACAGGGUUGUGAGGUACCCCUGUUGUGAUGUGAAAUAUUUUGCUGUGGAUUGGUCUGAAUUGCUCAUUUCCCUUUAGUCUUAUGCCACCCUUUGCCAGCUCAGGAUUCUGACUGUCAGCUGAUGCUAAGAAACCGAGUAUUAUGCCUUGUACUGCUGCUGUUAGGUUGGGUGUGUGUCUGUUAUGUGCAUCUUAUAUACACACCCACACACAACACAGCUGCCUGCAUUUUUGGAUUCUCCUUCAGGGCGUGUUUAAAGGCCGAGCAGCUAUGCUUUGAACUGUAUCACCGCACCACUGGGUAUCAUGGCCUCCUUGGCUGCUUCCCUUGACAAUGUGGGAAAUGAAGUUGUGUGAAGGCAGCACAGCUUCUCCUGCUCUUCCCAUUGCUGGUCCUGGUUGGGGUGGGGAUCUGUGGACAACCCCCCCCCCAGUGCUGCAGAACUACAAAACCCCAUAAUCCCUGACUGUUAGGCGCACUGGUUGGAGCUGGGAGAAAUCUGAGUCCUCCAACAUCUGAAGGGCCAAACUUUCCACUGCCCUGCUGUAAGAGCAAAAUGUUGAGAACUGAAUGAUGGUCUGGUCGGGAGACAGAACCUUAGCUGAAGAAGCCUUCCGUUUUGUUACAUGGGAGUCAAAUGCAGUCAUAGAUCGGAGAAAGCCAGAGAGCCAUUCUCUUCUGUACGUGGAGAGGAGGACUGAAGGCUCUUUGAAAGAGGGAAUAUACCUUUUUGGUUUGGCACAUUAUAUAUGCACUCAACCUGCUUUUGCCUCUGGCAAACAGUUUUUCCAGGGGCUUUUGUAUCUUUAUAGGGGGACCACAGUCCUGAAAAAGAUGUUUGAUCAGGGGUGAAAAGAAAGCCUCCCCUAACCUACUUUGGGCUCUCUUAAAAAGAACCAUCUGUCUCCUGCCUAAUAAAGUCAACUUGGAAUGUAAAAGGCAUUAACUUGGAAUACCAUGGAGUGGAAUACCGUUAGGUGUUUUUAAGCUGCUCUUGACUGUAAGCCAAAGACAGCAAGAAAGUUCCCUUCUUUCCUGGACUGUUGACUGUGAUGGUCUCUUACCCCAAUUUCUGCUAUAAGUCUGAUGGGAGGGGCAUUCAGCAGGGCCUCCCAGUCCAGAAAAGAGGAAAAGAUCCAAGGUACAAGACCACUAUGUUGGGCUUUCUAACUCUCUUUCUUUCCUCUGUCUCCUCUUCCUUUUUAAACCGGUACUGUGUUCCCACAGCUGAAACUGAGCUGGCCAAACUCCAGCGCCAGUUCCGUCUCUUAGAAGGCAACCGUCAUGCCUACACCUUGGAAUCCCGUGAAACCAUCCGCAGACAGAUGGCAGAGGUGAAGCGCCUGAAGAAGGAGAACGAAGACCUGCUGCGCAGGCAAGCGGUGGCGGAAGGCCAUGCCAACCUGAAGCAGGAGAAGCUCAGAGGUGAUACUCUCCGUUCCUUGUUGGGGCAGCGGGAUGAGGUGAAGCAGCAGGUCACCCAGGAGAAGAAGCGGCUGGCCCAGCUGGACAAAGAGAUCGAAGCAUGGCAGAAGCAUUUGGCCAGCCAGAAGCAGGCGACAGGCAGCGAGUUCUUGAUCCAGGAACAGAAGGCCCGCUUGCUCAGAAGGAUACAAACAGUGGAGAACCAACUCGAUAAGGCCUCCUCGCAAUUCGAUUCUCAGCUCGUUGUGAAUUCACAGCUACGUGAGGAUCUAGAAAUUCUCCGGGUUGGCCACGAUCGCUUUGAACAGAUCUAUAAGAAUCUGGAAAAGGAGCUGCUGGACACCCGUAAAGCUGUCGGGGCCAUCAUUAGCACAUCUUCAGCUGCCUACGAUGCAAGGGAUGAGGCCCAUGCCCGCCUGAGCCAGCUGCGGGACAAGGCAGAGAAGGAUCUCCACCAGCACGAAUCCGAGAUGAAAGAGCUGGACCGCAUCCUAGACAAUGACCGCCGCAUGUCUGAGUUCAUCGCCAUCAAGCUGCAGGAGAGGAUGCUGACUGAGGAGGCACUGAAGGCCAAGAAAAAACAAGAGGAAGAGCGCAAAAAGAAGGACCCCGAGGAGGAGCUGAUUGAGUCGUAUAGUUGCACUUUGGAUAAAAUCCUGGAGAUAACUGACACCGCAAACCUGGAGUUCGCACUGAAUAAAUAUGUUAAAGAUGAGGAAUGGAACUUUGCUCAGUUCAACUAUGUCAAUGAGCAAAACAACCAGAAGGAGCUGCUGUGGGACCAGAUCAACCAGCUCCGCAGUGAGAUAGAGGAGGUUCGAAAGCAGGAUAACGAGAAGGAGAUGGAGCAGCUGUCAAGGCUGCAGCAGACCGAAGCACAGGUUGAGGCAGCCAUUCAGGAGACAAACCGGGCUGAGCUUAAACUGAAGGGCCUCCGCAAAAUAUGGGAGCAGCUCAAGAGUGCGAUCGAAUCCCUCUUUUGGAAACUACAGUGUGACCACUCAAUGCUGGAAAAUAUACUGGGAGGAACGACAACUGCCCGGGAUGAAAACGUAGCCAUCUACCUGGGCUUGAUUGAACAAAAGACCAAUGACCUGUUGGCCAUGUACUCCUACUCGGUUGCUGAGGAACAAGAUCAGCCCUAUGAUACUGUGGAGACAGCACAGCUGCUCUUGGGACAGACACCCGCGGCUCGACCACUUUCUGUCAACCUUCGACCGCCCACUGCUGGACCUGGUCAUGAUCCAAUAACAGAAGACGACCAGAGACCCUUAACUCAUGAAGAGCUCAAAGAAAAAGUUCUGAAGGAUGUCCUAAGCAAGACAGCGGCUCUUUCCAUAAAGAAAAAUACACAGACUGAAGUGGCCUCUGCACUUCCUGGAACAAACACAAGCAAGAAACAACUUCCAGUCUCUUGACUCAAGUAGGGAUCUAUUUACAGUCUGGCAAAAGACAGAAGGCAAGAUGUCACAGACGGGGUUGCUGUAUGGUGUGGUCCCAGCACGGCUGCUCUUAACCCCGAUGCCCUCUGCAUCCUUGCUCAUGUUCAGGAUGAUUGACGUGCCUGGAGGUGCCCUUCACCCAGCAGGAACGUCACACUGCUGCUGAUCCUGGAAGAUGUGUUCCCCUCUCGGAGGAACUGUCCCUGUUUCAGCUGCUUGUUCAAUCAGGACAGAUCUACCCUGUUGGUGAAGCCUGACACACAGGCCCAGAUAUUAACAAAACUCUUCACUGCCUGCCUGCCUGCCUGCCUGUAUAAACUACUUGAUUUGACUCCUUUUGCAAAGAAAGAUUGCAACUUAAAAGGAAACUUUAAAGGAAGUGAUGGGAUGGAACUUUUUGCAUAAAGGCAAUUGUCCCAUAGUUCUCCAUUUCAGGGCAGUGCUGCAACUGGUAGUAUAAGUGGUAAUAUAAGUACAUUUGGUGGUUUCUGCGCAGAAAUGCUCAGCUUCCUGAUUCUAAAAAAAAUGUCCCUGUUCAACUUGAAACAGAUGACUGACAUGCCCUCUGUCCCGCCAGCAGCCAUCUCGUGCCAGGAAACCCGCACGCCAGUGCCCCGGUGCUUUGAUUUUCCUGUUCUGGAGACACCAGCAAGUCCUCAGAGCUCUCUGACCUAGCAGAGGAGGCCCAAAGGGGGAACACAAUGUAUCUUCCGCUGUGUGAGGGAAAUGGCACUAGGCUACACUUCUUACUUUUUUUUAUAAAACGAAAAGACAAACAUGUUCCUCAAGACAGUAUGGUUUUGACCACGUGAGCACCUAAUAGGAGGCUUCGUCAAACCCAUGCAGCCCUCCUGAUUACCCCUGCCAGCCGCAGGCUGCAUGAGUAUGUGACAGUUUUGGCGAUUUCAUGUGAAAAUGUACAUGACAACCACACUCUUUGUGAUGUAUACACUAAGGGCCAGUUUUCCCAAUGUGUCCCCCCCCCCAUUCUCUCUUAACUCUGUUAGCAUUUAAUUCUCAAUUAUUUUGACAAAGAUGCUGCCCUUACAUCAGUCCCUGGCCCCCAAACUUCCUCUGUAGCACUCCUAUUUCAUCCUUCUCCAACCUGGUGCCCCCCCCCCCGAUGUGCUGAACAGCAAGUCCCAUUCUCAGCCAACUGGGUGUUGCAGUCCAAUAUUUGGAGGGCACCAGGCUGGGGAAGGCUGCCUUUAUUUCAUUCCUUCUGCAAUGUCCCAGAGAAGCAUCUUGGGGAAUCAGUUCUUCUCCCAGAGAAUAAUCAUCAUGGUUUCAAAAUACAUUGAUAGUUUCCCUGAAGGAGAGCGCAUGCGUUCUUUCAAUCCUGCUAUUCCCGCGGGCGUGGAAGGUGUGUGUGGGAAGGGUACAGAUGGGGCUUGGUGCUGGUAGGGUGACACACGCCCAGUCCCUGUGACAGGUGGAAUUGGUUGCUGCGUUUCGAUUAUCAGUGUAAAUCAAAACUUAAAUUAUUAAACAUGUUUAAUUGGCA